AUGUUAAUUAAAUUUCGGUGCGUGGCUGCGGUGGCGGGGGGGUUUUGUCGAAAUCUGCACCACACGACGAUGCCGUAUUUAUUCCCGCGCCUUGCAGGUGACUGGACGUGCGCCUGCGGGUUUUCAAAUUUUGCGUCCAGGGCGGUGUGCUUUCAGUGUCACAGGUCGAAGUCGGUGCUUCCUCGCGACGUUAAUGAGCCACGGGCGGCGAUGGAAGCGCAACAGAGCAGCUUUAGGAGGGGUGACUGGAUGUGUGCCUGCGGGGCGCACAACUUUGCGUGGAGGGAUCGCUGUUUGUCUUGCGAGGCACCGCGGAAGGCAAGUGAUAAACAGAGACAAGGGAGCGGCCUGCGACUACUUCCCGGCGACUGGAUAUGUGAGAAAUGCAAAACGCAUAACUUUCGCGUGCGCGGUGAAUGCAUGCAGUGCGGCUGGAAGCCUGCCGUUGUGAAUCCCGCCGGCACAACCAGCCUCCGCGCAGACAGUAGCGCCAAGCAGGCACCGUGGACUUGUUUGACGUGUCACACCGUCAACGAGAAAAAGACUACAUCCUGUGAGGUUUGCGGUAGCAUAAACGGAACCUUCGCAGCUCCCUCGAGACCGGCCGCCGUGUCUGCACGGCGUGACGACUGGCACUGUGAUCAGUGUGGAUUUCUUAACUUUUCUUCACGGGCACGCUGCAAGAAUUGCGGAACGUUAUCUGCGAUAGCGAGCGGUGCCACUGACCCCUCACUGUGGAUUUGCGGGUGCGGAUACAAGAAUUUCAGGGACCGUGAGUCAUGUCGCGAUUGCGGAGCUUUGAAGUCGUCACAGCCGUAG